AUGUUCUUUUGUUGCCAUCUAAAUCCUGCAGUGGUUUGGAAUCUUCAACUGAGCGCUCCGGGCUUUGUUACAACAUGCAUAAAGAAUUCUGGUCAGUUCAUCGUUCAAAGCCUCUUCGAUCCAUUCUUAGUCUUUGAAGAAGGCAUAUCUUUUCGAAAAGUUUCAUUAAUUUGUGACACGGUAUAUUGUUUGGCACUUUCCUACUCGGGUCAAUUAUUCCUAUUUAAUAUGUUUGCAAGCGUAUGCUUGGGUUGUCUCAAUCAGUUCCCCAGAGUCCACGACUUUUAUAUUUGUCCCAAAUCCAAUCAAAGUACACUCGUUGCGAAUGAUGAAUGUCCAGGCUUUCAUGAAAUCACGAUUGUUAUUUUAAGAGACCUAGAGGAAAAUGAUCAGCCCCCACCUUCUGGUCCUACCAAACUUCUUGAACUUGUCUUGUUCCCCAGCUACCAAGUUAUAUACCAAAUUCAUAUCAGCGAUGAUUCAUGGCUACUUUCUGAUUAUGAUGUAGGCAGCUAUAAAAUUAUUUCUUCUGAUGCUCCAAUACUGUAUGCAGAGUUGCUGUCUAAAAGUCCCAGUGAGGCAACAGAAGACUUUCUUUUGUCUAUAAAAGGACUGAAAGCAACUGAUCCGAAAGAGAGGUUAUUGCAUCUUCUAAAAUCUGAAAAGUUUGAAGAAGCUCGGUUACUCGUUAAAACGUUUAAUCUUGACUCUCAAGAUUUUCAGUUGGUAUUAUUAACCGAAUUAGAAUUUCUAGUGAAUACAAUUUAUAAGGAUGACCAAAAUAACGAUCUCUUUUAUCAAAGACUAAUUAUAUGUUUACAACAAACUGAGGAGUUAUGGAAAAAUUUAGAGAUUGUUGCAUCGGUUUUGAAAAUCACUAUGCCAAAAUCAGAUGACCAGUUAAAAUUACUUCUAAUUGUCAAGGAAAAGUUGACUAUGGAUAAUCCUGAAGACAUGUCUACUGCUCAUGAAGAUAUCGGAAUAAAAGUACUCAUUUUACUGAAACGUUUCAAGGCAUUUUUAAUGAUUUAUGGGUCUGAUAGUUAUACUCCAGAAACUUGGAUUGAAUUUCGCGAUGCAAAUGUUUAUGCUAUAUUUGCUCGUCUCUUUCUUUCUAAAUCACCAUCUGCUGAAGAUAGAACAUCUGAUCCAAGCCAAGCAUUUUUAUUUUGGAUUCUGUAUAAGGGCGAAUUAUCAGAGUAUUUAACAUGGGAUACCCUAGAGCUUUUGUUUGAUUUGUUGUCCAAACGACCUUUAACUUGUAUUGCAUCUGAAUAUUCAUGUAAUAAUAAUGAUGAUGAUGAUGAUGAUGGUAACGCAGGUUUACCGUAUCAAUCAAAUGAACUAGAACUUUUAGAGUCUGAAGAGGCUAUUCAGAAAUGGAUACGUAAUGAAUUACUUCCUGUUGUAAUCAGACGAUUACCAGAAGCUUUACCCAUGUUUGCUAAAUAUUUAACUCAACGUGUUAAAGAACUAGAAGCUUGUUCUUUCACUUCAAAUUCUAAUAGUCAUGUACAAGAAAGCAAAAUUAAAUGUCCAUUUUCAUGGCCUUCCACAGCAAUAUCAUGGAUUAAUAAAUUUUUAGAUACUGUAAAUAUCUCAGAAUUAAACAGUGCAGAAUGUUAUCUUAAUAUUGGUAGUAUAGCUGAUUUAUAUCUAUCUGGUCUAGCUAGUCGUAAUCCUGAUGUUGAUCCAUUUUAUGAAUUGAGAAAAUUAUCAAAACAAUUGGAUACUAUUAAACUUUUACGAGAUGUUUAUAAUUGUCAACUAUCGAUUGAUUGUUGUGAAGGGGAAACAGAAUUGUCUAUUGCUUAUCGUAUCCUUGAUGUUGCAUUUAAUCUCGGUACACGUUUUGAAAAUGGUGUAGAUAAACUAACAGCACGAUAUUUAAAGGAUCGUAACAUCGAUUACGAAACAUUCUUUCAAGGUUACUCAAGUGAUUUAAUCAAUCGAAUUCAGACGGUUAUUCAUUCAUCUAUUAUAGAUGAUAAUUGUCCUGCAGAUCAGCUUGGAUCUCCUAAAUGUAAACAAUCCCGCAAAAACCAAGAUCCCCAUGUUCUUGCUCAGCAAGCUUGUCUGGUCGCUAGUUGGAUAACAGUACCUUCAUGUAGAAUGAAAGUUGUAUUCGAUUUGGCUUCAGUUGCGCCCCUACCAUGGUCUGGUGAUUUAAUUACACUGGCCGAGAGUAUUCUUAAGCAGGCCCGCAUUCCAGGUUCCUGUUCACAGUAUGUUGAUGGAUUAACUCAUAAAAUGAACAAGUUAGAGCGUCUUUGCAACAUUGCCCGUCUUCAUGAAAUAUUUACUAGGUAUGAACUAAAAGAGUUUAGUCUAAGUGAUGUUGGUUACGCCAAUUCUUUAUGGCUAGCUGAUCAAGUCAUUUCUCGUAUUUUACGAUCAAGCGAAGGUCCUUUUGGGACAAAUACACCAUUUGCUACACCACAGCUAACUCGAAGUGAUCCUGUGUAUCAUGAUGCUACAAUUGUAGCUCAAAAAUUACUUGAUCAAUCUCAAUGGCCUUUGUUAUUUGCACAGUUAUAUAUGGAAUUAGCACUUUUCAAAGUUAUUCAAUUCAAAGAAUUAGAAACUACUAAUUAUCCAGAUGAUUAUGAAAAUCGUAUUUCGUUUUUUAUUAUUCAUUUGAAUUUUGCUACAAAUGAAGCAUUAAAUGAAUUUUUCAGUGGAUCUGGUGAACUCGAAAAAAAAUACACGUCACAGUUUAUUUUUAUCAAAAAUUGGUUAAUUCGUUUAGCGUUUCGUUCAAUGAAACAACUAUUAAAACAUGGAGAUGUUCUACUUCCAUUCCAGCACUCCUUGAUUGUUGAUUUGGGAUUGUCGUUGGCUAGCAUGAAAAUUACUUUCAACUCUAUUGAAAAUGUAAAGAAUUGUUCACAAAUGAGUUGGCGUCAUCUAAUGCAGUUUACCAAAUUAUACAUUACUCCAUUUUCAAAUGGAAAUAAUUUGAAUCAGCCAGAAAUAUCGAUUUUUUCAGAACUUUUUUCUAAUAAUAAAUGCGUAUUUGGUUUAUUAACUGAUCGGUUAUAUAUAAUAAGGCGUCUAACAAAAUUCUAUAUCGAACAGAUUUAUUCUUCUAAUGAAUCAGUGGAAGUCGAUAAAUUAUUUAAUGUUCCUGUAAAAUUACGUUCUAGUUAUCAUUUUUUAUUACCAGAUCUUCCUUAUGGAAUACGUGAAGAACUUAUAACUUGGCAAUGGUUUUCAUCAUUAUGUUCUACUAUUUGUUCUUCAUCAAUAGAAACAACUGAAUCAUGUUCAGAAUCAAAUUUAACAAAUAAUCAUAGUUUAUUUCUUUCAAAAGCAAUGCAAAUUCAGUUAUUGUUAGUUAAAAUGUCAGAAGUAUUGAUUAGUAUUCACCAAACUCGUUUACAUAGUUCUCUGGGCAAAAUUAAAAGUGAAGUAAUCGAAAACCCUUCAAUUUACAGUUAUUUAGUUCCAACUUGCUGUUAUUGUUCUUGUAUUUGGAAUCGACCACUUGCACGUUUAGGUUGUAUCAUUGAACUCUUUAUAUUACAUGUAUUUCCAUUUCUGUUGAAAAUUGUGAAAUCAAUGCAACUUCUUGAUGAAACAAGCGCAUAUAAUAAAUCAAUUGUUAACAUCAUUUCAAUAAUUUUAUCUACUUUUUCAUCGUUAUUAUUAUGGUCUAGUGGACAAGAUCAUUUAAAUCCGGUUAUUGAACAAAAGUGUAUUUGUCGUAUGUUUGCUUUAGCAAAUGAAUUUCAAGCUCUUCGGCUAGUUGUUCAAGCAUUUACUAAUGUUUUCAACCAAAUAGAUUGCGCAUAUCAACAAUCGAAAUCGUGCGAUAAAGAUCUUUUGGAAUGUGUAUUUUAUACUUCUUUGUAUCAUGAACAAACUACCACUGAUAUCGUUCAUUUGAAAUUGCAGUCAAAUCAUUUUACUGAUUCUUUGCAAUACCUUACAAACUUAUUGAAAUGGUUUACAUGUCAUUAUUCAUAUGAUGACAAUAACAAAGUUGAUGAUAAUACGAGGAACGAAGAAAAGAUUGCAAAGACUAAUUACUCGGAUAUUCUUCAUCAGAUUUUAGAAGAAGGUAUGAAACUUGCUUCAACUUGGUCUUCAGAAUUUGGUUUACACUUAACUGGAUCACAUACUCUUCUAAUCGGUAUCGUAAAUUUAAUUAGAUCAUGUAUAACUCGAAGCAUUUGGUCCGAUUCAUUUAUUUUCGACUUGGGACUACAAGAACUCAAUAAUGAUACAAUUAACAACUGUUUCAAUCUAUGUAACAAGUGUUUAUCUUCCAGUUUGAGUUCAAUACUAAAUCCAUCAGAUGGGAAGUAUUUGGAUCAACCUUUAGCCUUAUCAUUAGCUCUUGCUCUACCUAUUGAUGAAGCUACAAGUGUGGUUCGUAAUUUUGUGGCACAAAACAAACAUGCACCGAAAAAGAUUAUGGCUGUAGCAAAUAUUAUCUUUAUGUUCUCCCAAAUCACAUGUAAGCGUGAUUUAAGCCUAUUGGAAUUGAGUCAAACAAUGGGUAAAAUGUGGAGUUGGCAUAUUGUUCUGAAACCAUAUAAAUUAAACUUUAGUCGUAUAAUUACAAAUGGAAUGGAUCAUUCAUCCUUACAACAUAUACUUGACAAGUUAUGCCGUAUGGUCCCAUCACUCAAUGAACAAAAUGUUUCCCUUGUACCUAGUGAUCUACAAAGUAAUGAAUCAAUGUCCAGAAGAUUCGACACCACAACUGGACGAUCUUUACCGUCAGUUAGAUUGAUUGCUAGAUUUUCCAAUGAUUUCAAUAUACCAUUGAAACCCUAUCUAAUCAAGCAUUUAAAUUGUUUAUUUAAACCAUGUAGCAAUAGUUCAAGCUCUACUGUCGAUGCAGAUGGGGAUUUCUUAUUCACAGGACUUAAUAAUAAUGAUAAUAUGUUUUUAUCGACAUCUCCGAAUGUAAUCAAUGGUUCUGAAGUGAAUUGUUUCAUACGUUAUCAGAAAAUCUGUUUAUCUCGUGCCCAUACAAUACUUAGAUUACUAUUCAGAUUGGGUAAACAGUCUGAUAAUCCACAGCAUGCAUUAAGUGAAUUGAUUAAUUUACUUCAAUCAUUUUAUGCCAGUACAUCACCUUAUGAUUAUGAACGUUUAAGCUUUUUGUUCUCAUGGAUUCGUACUUGUUGCUCAAAGACAAUCACAAAUAAACAACUUCAACUACUCAAUUUUCUACGUACUUACAAACGAUCCCAUCCUCCUAGAGAUUUUGAAUUAGAGUGUGUUUCUGCUACUGCUGAAAAUGAAACGAUAAUCUUUUCUAAAAGUGAAGGGCAUCAUUACUUAAGUAAUAUAAGAAUGCCGUAUCAUCUACUGUUGAAUGAUUCGUUACCAAUUAAAAUUGUAGGACCAGAGAUUACUGUAUCCAAUGUAAACUUUUGGCUUCGUGUGAAUCAGAGUAUGGAGUGGAAUUCAUCAGACUUGAUCAAAAUUACUGCUGCACAAAAUUUAGCUACUCAUUAUACUACUAUUGGACUUUUGCCUAUAGCUAAUUCAAAUUAUGCAACUGAAGACUUGACAGUUCCUCGAUCGGUUGGUUGGGACAGAGCAUUACCUUGUCAAAUUCUCAUUGAACCUCUUUUUAGUCAACUUAAUCAUCUUUUAGGGUCUGUGAAAUCAACACUUAAUGUGUACUCAUUAUUAGCUGGUCUUGCACGUCGAGUUAUUUAUGGCCCACAUCGAUUAUUAAUAUUAAGAUUAGCUCGAGAUCUAGCCAAAAGUUAUCUGCUUAGAGCUGACAAUGAAGCACGUCUUUUAUACGCUCGAAAUAAAUUAUCCUGUUCAAACCCUAACAAUGAGUCAUCAGACUCUGAUACAGACGAAGGUCCAAAGGAAGCGCAAGAAAAUAUUCGAUUGGCUCGAAUUGCUUUGGAAAAAGCUGAGACAAGUCAUAAACAAUUCGCAAUUGAAGGUUGUCUUUAUGAGCACCAUUUAGCUGAUUGGGAGGAAGUAAACAAGCAUUUUAAUAGUCCAUUUGAAUUGAUAUUAAAUUUACUACACAAAGCAGCUUCUGAACUGCAAUCAUCAGUGAAUUGGAACUGUAGAUCAGGACUUCCCAUAUCUGAAUUAUUUCUAAGACGACGAGUAAUAAAAGCUUUGCCUCGUAUUGCAGAAUUAGCUCAUAUUGACCUUUUGGAUAUCGCUAAGCAUGUAAUGAUCAGUCGAUUAAAACUUCCCCGAUGUGUAUUUAUGAAUAAUGGGGAUCUAAAUGAAAGUUCUAUCACAAACCGUAGCUUAUUAUUAGAUAUGACUACCGAGUGUGGUGAAUUUUCUCCAAACGAUAUUAGCUUUAAUGCAACCAUGCAUCAACCACAAUUCAACAGUCUCACAUCACUCGAAAACCAGGGAUCCGAACAAUUAGAACCUAAACAGGAAGAUUUCAUGUUAGCAGAGCUUCUUCUUCAGCAAACGGAAUUAAAACAAGAAUUGCUCCCAGUUCUCGAAUUUUUCGUUUUCAGUGGCAAUCCAGACCAGUUUGUUUCUGCAAGAUGGCGUGCAGCUCGUUGUAUUUUACGUUGUCAAAGUGGUCUCAUACUACGACCGAAACUGUCACUUAGUGAACUGCGCUGUACUUUAUUACGCUUGUCCACGUUGGCUUCUUGUCCAAAUGCUGCAUCUCAGCAGUUAUUAUUUGACGCAUCUUUUUCAUGUACUUCUUCACGUGGUGACACAUAUAACUUACUUUGUUGUACGCGUCUUAUAAACAGUAUUAAGCAACUCAUGGUUUCUUCAAACUCCUUACAGACAAUCCGCCUCGCUUCUGGUUUGGUUCUUGAUUAUGAACUUUUAUCUCCUCCUAUUAUUACACAACUGUUUGAAUUUAUUAACAGUCAUAGUGAAAAUGAGUCCCUUGAUUAUACUUUAUUUUUGCUCAUCUUCCUACAAUCAUCUGGUAAUGUGAACGAAAGUAUGAAAUGGUUUUUUUCGAAUCCUGUCAAACAAGGCUGUAUGCUCCAUUAUCUUCUUUCUUCUCUUGCUAAGCGAAUGUUAUUGAAAUUAUUAAGUCAUGAACAACCUAUUCCAAGGAAGGUGGGAAACUUUCUUAGCAAAUUAGUUUGUAUCCUUAUUUCAUGGCCAUUCCCAGACACAGAGAUUGAGGCUAUUUUCUCUGAGCUCAGUAAAUUAGUAAGUCCUAUGUUUUCAAAGCAAACAGUUGGAUACGAUAACUCACUUCAACGAAUACCAAUUAUUAUUGAUGUCUUUCAACGUUUACUUGCAUUGGGCAGUUCAAAUAAGCAUAUGACAAAGGAGUUGAAUACAUGGUUUAAUCUAACAAGCGGAAGCGAAGAGAAACCGAACAUGAUCAGAUUGGUUCAUGAUGCCAUACAAGCCAGCGAAAUUUGUCUAACUUCAAAAUUUCUUAGCUUUUUGUAGUUAUUAUAACCUUUCUUUGCAAACAGAGCACUUUACGAAUUAUUAUAUAGUCAUUCUAAUACAUGAUAAUGUUGAAAGGAAUGAAUAUUCUAU